ACUUUGUGUUGCCGCCGCUGGUUGUUAGGAGAAGGAAUGUGGAAGUCAGCGGCGUGCGGGGCGGCGGGCUGCUCGGGCCGGCUGCCGCGGCGAUCCCCGCCCUCCCCGCGCCACUCGCCGAGGCCCCGCGCGGCCGGCGGCCCCGUCCUGCCCGGCCUCUGAAGGGAAGGCGGCCGGCAGCCGGAGAGGCGGCGGGCCAGGGGCAGGAGCAGGAACCCGGCGGACGCUGGAUCCGGACGCGGGCUGGGAGCGGAGGUCGCUGCUGGCGCCUCCCGGCGCGGAGCCUCGCGCUGCCGCGCUCUCCGCCGCUUUCCCCGGCGCUUUUUUCAAUGACUUGAGCGACGCUGGGGGGUGGGGGGAGGAAAAGAAAAAACCUGUCAAGAUGGCAGCAGUAGGAGCAAGGAGGUUAUGAACGUAGUGUUGAUGCUGGAGCCAGCCCCGUCCUCCUGGCAGCCCGGCGGCCCCCGGACCUGUUGGAAGACUGCACAUUUUACUGCGUUUGGUUCGGAUCAGUUGUUUUUUGGGUGAUUUUUGGUGGUUGUUUUUUUUUUUUUUUUUUUUGCGCCGCCCCCCGCAAGAAGGAGGGGAGGAAGCCCAGGGUGGCGGCUUCUCACCUGUUCCGCUGGAUGUGAAUUGUUAUUGGUAUUAUUUUUUGCUUGAUUUUUUUUUUUGUCGGAGGGGAAGGGAGGGGGGCGGACAUAGGAAAGCGACCUGCGAAGCUGUGAGCCCCGUCGGAGGCGGCCAGGACUUCGGUGUGAAGGAGGCACAAAAGUCUUCGGUGCCACUGGAAGGACGUGGCUCCUGCCGCCGGCGGGCAGAGCAGCGCGGGCAGCCGAGCGAGGAGGAAGCGCGGUGCCCACGCGGCGGGGCCGGCUCGGCGCUGGGGGCUGCGGGGAGGGGGCGCUGCCUCCCGCCGCCGGGAGCCGCACGGAGUGAAACAUAAACACACACACCGCGCACACCAGCCACACGCAGGCGACACACACACCAGAUACACACGCGCGCGCACAGCACAACACAACACAGGCGACGCAUACGCAUAGACACAAUCGCACAACACACACCUAGACAUACACACGCAUAGAAACACGCACACGAGAAAGGGCACACAGCUACACACCGGACACACACGCGCAAGCACAGACAGACCCCCCCCGCCCCAGAGCCGGCUGCCGGCGGCGCCCGGUCCCAGCCCGCGGGGCGCCACAUCUGGUGCAUCUGGCGGCGCUCGCGUUUGGCGUGUGGCGGGCGGGCCGGGGUGGGCGGGGGGCGUGGUGCGGGUGUGGGUGUGGGUGCGGGCGGGUGCUGUGCUAGGCAGGAUCUUCAUGGCGAGCGGGGGCAUGUGCGCCCGGCUGCCCCCGGCCUGCUAGGCAGCGAGAACAGUGGCAGAGCAGCGGCAGCCUCCCGCCGGAGCCGGAGCCGCGAGAAGAUGGCAGAGGCGUCGCCGCCCGCGCCCCCGUCGCCGCUGGACGUGGAGCUGGACCCCGAGUUCGAGCCCCAGAGCCGGCCGCGCUCCUGCACUUGGCCGCUGCAGAGGCCCGAGCUGCAAGGCAGCCCGUCCAAGCCCGCGGGGGAGGCGGCCGCCGACGCCGCCUCCAUGAUCCCCGAGGAGGACGACGACGACGAGGACGGGGGCGGCUCGGCCAUGGCCAUCGGCGGCGCCGGGCCCAGCGGCGGGGACGCGGCGCUGGUGCCGGACGAGGCGGCGCGGCUGCUGGUCCCGGGGCCGGCCGGGGCCGGGCUGGGCGCGGGGCCGGGCGCGGGGGCCGCCGCCACCGCCUCUUCGGCCCCGCGCAAGUGUUCGUCGCGGCGCAACGCGUGGGGCAACCUGUCGUACGCCGACCUGAUCACCCGCGCCAUCGAGAGCGCCCCGGACAAGCGCCUCACGCUCUCGCAGAUCUACGACUGGAUGGUGCGCUGCGUGCCCUACUUCAAGGAUAAGGGCGACAGCAACAGCUCGGCCGGCUGGAAGAACUCAAUCCGGCAUAACCUAUCACUUCAUAGUCGAUUCAUCAGGGUGCAGAAUGAAGGAACCGGGAAAAGCUCUUGGUGGAUGAUCAACCCAGAUGGUGGGAAAGGAGGGAAGGCCCCAAGGAGACGUGCUGUUUCCAUGGACAAUAGCAACAAGUACACUAAGAGCAGGGGGCGAGCAGCUAAGAAGAAGGCAACCCAACAAGCCGCACAAGAAUUGAGUGAUGACAGCCCUUCUCAGCUUUCCAAGUGGCCAGGGAGCCCAACAUCCCGUAGCAGCGAUGAGUUGGAUGCCUGGACAGAUUUUCGAUCUCGUACAAAUUCAAAUGCCAGUACAAUAAGUGGCCGCUUGUCACCCAUAUUGGCAAGUACUGAACUGGAUGAUGUUCAGGAUGAUGAUGCUCCACUUUCCCCAAUGCUGUACAAUAGUCCAUCAAGCUUGUCCCCAUCAGUAAAUAAGCCGUGUACAGUUGAGUUGCCUCGGCUAACCGAUAUGGCAGGCACAAUGAACUUAAACGAUGGACUGACGGAUAAUCUCAUGGAUGAUCUUUUGGACAAUAUAACGCUCCCCUCUUCCCAGCAGUCACCUUCUGGGGGGCUGAUGCAAAGAAGCUCCAGUUUUCCAUAUGGCUCCAAAGGUUCGGGUCUUGGUUCUCCAUCCAGUAGUUUCAACAAUGCUGUGUUUGGACCAUCCUCUCUGAAUUCCCUCCGCCAGUCUCCCAUGCAAACUAUACAAGAGAACAAGCAAGCUACCUUUUCCUCCAUUUCUCAUUACAACAACCAGACGCUUCAGGACCUGCUGGCAUCUGAUUCGCCUAGUCACAGUGAUGUCAUGAUGACGCAGUCAGAUCCGCUCAUGUCACAAGCCAGCACUGCUGUGUCUGCCCAAAACUCACGCAGGAAUAUAAUGCUUCGUAAUGACCCAAUGAUGUCAUUUGCUGCUCAGUCCAACCAGGGAAGUUUGGUCAGUCAAAACCUGCUCCACCACCAGCAUCCAUCUCCGAAUUCUCCUCUUAGUGGCAGCCGUGCCUUGUCGAAUUCAGUCAGUAACAUGGGCUUAAAUGACACGAACAGCUUGGGGUCAGCCAAACACCAGCAGCAGUCACCUGUCAAUCAGUCUAUGCAAACACUUUCUGAUUCACUCUCAGGCUCUUCUUUGUAUUCUGCUGGUGUGAACCUUCCAGUCAUGGGACAUGAUAAAUUCCCAAGUGAUUUGGACCUGGAUAUUUUCAAUGGGAGCUUGGAAUGUGACAUGGAGUCCAUUAUCCGCAGUGAGCUCAUGGAUGCAGAUGGGUUGGAUUUUAAUUUUGAUUCCCUCAUCUCAGCUCAGAACGUUGUCACUCUAAAUGUGGGGAACUUCACUGGUGCUAAACAGGCUUCAUCACAGAGUUGGGUGCCUGGCUGAAGGACUGCUGGGAACAGAGGAAAUGGGCAAAGCAGGCCCUUAAACUGACACGAGACAUAAAGAGAGAACCCUUUGCCAAAUCUGCUGUCAGCAAGUGGACAGUACUGUUUACAGCUUAUGACCUUUGUGAACCCUGCAUAAUUUUCCUAAUGAAGCUGAGACUGUUAAUGGGCCCCAUACCCGAGUGAAGAUCCUCCCGUUUUGGAACUGAACUCAUUCUGAAGUAUGCAAAAUCUUCCUUUUCUGGGAUGGUCAAGCACCUAUUGUGGAGACAGUGUUGAACACCAUCCUGUCAAAAACACACUGUAUAGCCUUUACAGUAGUUAUUUGUCAUUGAGUCUGUGGUGUUUCAAUAUAUUAAUGGUUUAUGGGAUGUUUUAAGUUGGCGUUUAUUUUCAGGGGGUUUCCCCAUCUGCCCCCAAAAUCUCCAAUUUGUUUAUUUUUAUUUAGAUGUUUAAAUCAUUUUCUUUUUCUCUCCCUGGUGAAUCUAAGAUACAACAGAUGCACAAUGAAAGUCCAUGCUAAUUACCAUCACUUAACAUUGCUUCCAACACCAACAGGUCCUGAGUAUGCAUCUUUUGCUACACCAAUCAAGAGUGAAUGAAUUCCAGAGAGAGGUGAUUUGUGUGUGGUUUUUCUUGUUUGUUUGUUGAUUUUUUUUCCUCAAAUCUUUUAUUAAAUAUAAAUGGUACACAUCUGUUUUUCAUAAGCUUCAAACCAGGGUUGAUUAUAAAACAAGGGAAACUAUUAAGGUUGAAUCCUGUCCAGUGCAUCCUGAGCUAGGAUGCUUUUCAUAGUGUUUACAGAUUCAGCACCUGAUUUGCUGUAAAACAGAUCAGUCUCACCUAUUGCUUUAUGUUACCACUGCCCUGAUGGCUGCAGUGAACAGAGUUGAGCUAUCUCAGCAGUUCGGAACAAGCUAUAAGCUGAGUUGCCCACCCCUUGCCAAGCAAGUUGAACAUAACCGGUGAGGAUCUGGUUUUAAAAAAGAAAAACAGAGGAAAUGAUAAUGUACUAUAUUAAAGAAAAGAUACACUCACAGUGCACACAUCAGCAGUGACUUGUAGCAGAAACCUCAGAAGUUCAAACACAAAUCAGUGCAGGGUUAGCUUAUUGCAUCAUUGAUUUUUCUUACAAACAUAUCCUUGAUUAUUUUUUUCCUUCUCACUAUGCGAAAUCCAAUCUGGACGAAGAAGCAAGGAGAGGGAAAGGCAAGGAAGCAAUAUCAUACAAAUGACUUUUCAUGUAGGUGUAGAUUGUAAUCGGAUAAAUGACACUGAAAGACGAGGCAGUUUUAUAUAUUUUGCUUAUAUGGGUUUCUUUUGUAAAAUGAAUAAUAAUGAAUGAAUAAUAAUGAAUAAAAGGUAUGGUGCUGUAUAGAUCCUCUCUAUAAUCUGGAAAAUUUGAUUACUUUUUAUUAGUAUUGGGGGGGGAGGAAUAAAGGGGAGAAAACAUCAAUGGUACAUAAGAACUUGCUGUGAAAAAAGCUCUGAAUAGGACAGUGUAUACAUAAUUCUCCAAAGUGAUAUAUGAAGUUUUUUUUUCUUUGCAUAAAAGCAUUAUGCAUAUAAAUAUAUAAAUAUAUUUUAUUAUGUACAGAAACAGAUCAUUAUGCAUGAAUGUUAGAAAGACAAGCUAGCAUUUUAACCCAAAGUUUCAGUGCAUGAGUUCCCACUGACACAUGUACCAUGCAAUGUGGAGUGACUCCUUUUGGCCACCAUGCACACACACCUACACACAAGUGCACGCACAGAGACUCUCGCACCUGUACCCAUUUGUGGGCCCCAUCUUGCUCCUUACUUUUCAGUUUCCUGAGGUAAUACUGGUGAUAUAACAGCUCCUAGUGUGAUGGAAGUUUUGUUUUGUAUUGUAACCUCCUCAUGCUUGUGCUGUUCUAUUUUCUAGAUGAACCUGCUGAUUUCAUCACGCAGUUUACUGCCUAUGUAAACUCUGUGCAGUUGUGGUUAUAGUAGACCCCUAGCAUAUCAACUCUUCCAAGCAGCUGAGAGUUUAUCAAUAAAAACAGCAGACCUUUCUUUUUUUAAUUAAGGUGGUGUAUUUGUUAAUGGCAGAUUCUAGUUUAGGGAAUUUUCUUCAUCAGAAUUAACUAAUGAACAAUAUUGGUGUCUCCCCUUGAGAAGAUACUUCUUGUAGCCAGUUCUCCAGGUUGAUAGUGUUGUCCUACAGUUAUCUGUUUUAGGGGUCUGUUUCUCUUAAGAGUUCAGGUGUAGGUAUCGUUUACCAAAGUUAGUAUAGAGCCUCAUGACAGUUGUUCAUUGCACUCAAUGUGUGUAACAUUAUCCACCAAGUUUUUAGGUACAUCGUUAAAUGUGAGUUAGGCUGAGGGUAUUUUUUACAUUUUUUUGGUCCUCUAUCACAUUGCUCUUGCGGACUGGAGGAAUUCUUUUCUUCAAGCCACUCCACAGCUGCUACUCCACUACUCGGGCCACACUUAGCCUUUGUGCUGCCUCUAUGUCCCUUCUGCAGUGGGGAAUGGCUGGCUUCAUUUCCUGGAUCCCUGCUGUACAGUCACAGAUUGCAAGUGAACUCUACACAUUCAGAUGUUCACCCCUGCAGCCCUCCCACAAUCUGCCCCAACUGCACCCCCCUUCCAUGUUUUGAAGGAGAGAGGGAUUGAAGUUGGUGAGCAGAAAUUGGUUCCAGAUUUACAGUUGUACACAAUUCUGCAAUCUUUAUUCAGUAGAAGUCUCCCCUGAAAGCCAGUGGAGCUAUCUGCAUAGGGAUGGCAGAAUUGAGUCAUGACUGCCUACUAAUAACACAGAACAAGUUGUGUUCAAUGUUAGGCCUGAGGGGACACGAACUAGUGGUUUUAGGUUUUUAUAGGUAUGGAAGCUAGUCUUGUCAAAUGGAAGGGAAGGAGUUUGUUUGAACAGACUAGGCCAAAUUCUGCUGUGUUAAAGCAAUCAGAAUGCAGAAUAACUCCACUGAAAUAAGUAGAGUUAAAUCUGGAUUUACAACGGCAUAGAUGAGAGAAGAGAAUGUGAUCCUCUCUGUUUAGACUAUGAAGGAAAAGCAGUUGAUUCAGAGGCAACCAAUCAAUGGCAGAGAAGCUAAAAAAUUCCUAAAUUUUUUGUUAAAUGAUGGGCUUGAUCCUACUCCUUCUGUAUCUGAUGGUGUCACUUUCAUUGGCCUGUGUAGUGUAGGUUGGGCCUCCUUUGUAGAGGAAGAGCCUGUACUCGCUGGGGAGAGGUGGACACUUAUUAGGACUUUUCUGUCUCUAAUUUCAGUGGCCAAAAUUUUGAAACUUAAGUGCCUCAAGUCAAGCAACCAAGACUGGGAUUUUAAAAGGAUCUGGAGGAGUUAUGUGCUCUACUCAUUGCUUUUCAGUGGGAGUAGUGUACCUAAUUCUUACUGCCUUGUUGGAAAAAUUCCAGCCUUUAGAUGUAGGUGCUUCCAGAGGUGCUGAAUAAUCACAAUUCUUAUAGAAUUCAAAGAGCCACUAUCAAGUAUGGAUUUAAAGUGACUAACUUCACAAAUCUGCAUUUUUUAAAACUUUGGCCUUUGAUUCCAUGAAUGCUUUUAAGGAGUAAAACUUUCCUCCUGUAAUCAUGUCCGACAGGUAGUCUCAGAAGAAAUAUAUAGGACAUUGUUUAAAUUCUUUGUUUAAAAAGUUAUAAAAAAGGUCAUGUUUAUGCAGUUUGGACAAUUGCAUGCAUCUGUUUUUAUUUAAUAUUUUUUGGGAAACUUGUUGUAUUAAUAAUUGGUUAUUGGCCACUGCCUAACUCCAUAAAUAAUUGUAUGAGUUUUAAAAAGCAACAUUUUAGGAUCAGUAUUUCUUUAAAAUAAUGGCAUUGCUUGGCAAUCAGUCACCUACAAUUGUUUUAGUACUUAGUGUACAUUAGGAAUGCCAACAGAGGCAAAGGGGGACCAAAUAUAGUUAGUUAAUAUGGGUUGGAAAACAGGAUUGUGCAUUUGGCUUAAUAAACUUUUUUUGAAAAGUUGCAUGAUUGGAAAAAAUAUGUAUACAGUAUCUGUAAAACUGUUUGAUCUGUUUUUGUUUCAAUCCAUACACAACUGGAAGAAUAUUAAAUUCACAGCCUUAUAGUGCAUGGCCGAAUACAAACUGAAAAACUGAACAGUAUCCAUUUUCAUUUGGACUAUGUUUUACUUUAAUUUGAAAGGAGAGGCUAUCAUGUUGCAUUCUUUCUAAGGUUUUUUUUUAAUAAUAAUAAUAAUAAAUGCUGCCCUGGAUGAAUAUACUACCUUGCUACACAAAGAUUGGAAACAAGUUUGUUUUGGGAAUCUCCCCCUUUCCAAAUGAAGUAGAGAUGCAGUGCUUACUCCACUCGGUGUUCGUAGAUAUUGCCUUGUGUAUUCCAUUUUAAAUUGUAAUCUAGUUUGUAAAAGAGAUGGUGACGCAUGUAAAUAAAGCAUAAUGGAUCUCUA